AUGUCCCUCUACAAUUUACUCGCCUCAUUCUACAACCCAAACCCUAUCAUUGAACCUCAGGGACAAGAUGUCCCUCAUCAACUCCACCCGCAAUUCUACUUCCAAUCCCACCUUCACCCCACCCCCGACUUCAACCGCAACUACAAAAUCACCCUCGCUCUCGACCUCAACCUCAACUCCAGCCAAGAUACAGAACUGGCCCCUCACCCUCCACACCAUCAAACACCUCUGCAUCUCCCACCACUACCGCCAAUGCAUUGCUCGAGCGGAGGACUUGCUACCUCUCACCCAAGAGCCAGUAUAUCUUCCCUCCAAUCUCCGGGCCUCUCUGUAAAUGUGCAGCCACAUAUACUAACUAUGGAAAAGAUCCACAAAACCUACCUCACCUUCUACACGGCCAUCUCGUACGAAGGCAUGGGCCUCGCAGCGCACAAUUACUCGAAGAAUAAAUUACCGCUGUUGCAGGCUGCCGUGGAGUGGUUUGUGGCUUGUGGGGGGUGGGUUGCUGAUGCGGAUGAUGCUUUGUCCCCGGUACAAGUAGGAGAAGGAAAAGGAGCUAUGUUUGAGGAAGGGUGCAGAUACAGUGACGAGGGCACAGCCAGUGAGUAUGAGACUGGGGAUGAAAACGAGAAUGACACCUUGGAGAGAAGUAUCGCUCAGAUGAUCGGGAGUAUCGAUUUACAUGGACGAGAUCCGUUCGAGGAUGAUCCGUUUAUCGAUGACGAAGACACUGACCGGGACGAUAAUGCUGAGGGUGAAUGGGCACGUAUUCAAGGCUCAGACAUAGCCUCAAACUCUCAGAGUGAUACCUUCCAGGCCAGCCUUAGUCCCAGUCCUAGCCUCUGUGAUACCGACACCGACAACGAAACUCUCAGCAACAGCUUCACCACCACAACCACGAACUCGAACAAAAUCUACGAAGCUAUCGAAGAGAGCUUGAUUCCCUCGCCACUCAACGUCCGCAAAGCAUCGGGUGAAUCCUUCGAGGCAGAUAUUCUUCAGAAGUCGGGGGUGAACUACGAUUUCGAUCACGGCCAUGUCCAUGUCCAGCAGCCGUUCCCUCAACAUAAGAAAGUUGCACCUGUGGGUGGCUCUGUGCAGACAUUGUCCUUGCCGUUGCCGGUGAGGGUUAUUCCCACUACUCUUCAUACCCAUCCUCAGCCUCAUUCUGGGUCUCCUCACUAUUCUGAAGUGAUACGCCAAAGCCACACCCAGAGCCAAUCCGCCACCAACCAUCAAAAGAAAACCAACACCCUACACUCCCUCUCCACCCAAAUAACCACCAGCAUCACCACGCUCCAAACCCACAUCACCUACAUAACCGCCCUCCAGCACGCACGACACAUGUCCCGAGGAAUGCGUCGCUCGGGAUCCUUCUGGAGUUUCAGUCCGAUAAAAUCUCCAUCUAGAAAGGAUAAGGAUGGCGGGACAGCAAUCAGUAUUGGUGAAUCUGGGGGCUCAGAACAAACAUCACCAUUACCAUCAACAACGUUAUUGAACGAGACUAAAGCGCAGAGAAUUGAGAGAUUGAGGGGGGAGGGAUGGAGGACCGUUGGGAUUCGGUCCCCACGGUUGGGUUGGAAGGGGGAGGAAUAUUAUCGGGGGUUUUGUGAGGGGGUGUUGGAGGAGUUGUAUUUGGGUCGGUCUUCUUAG